AUGUCCGACAUCAAGGAAGAGAGUGCCAAGCGCAAGGCCUCAGAGGACCCCUCCUCCCCCUCGGCAUCGAAGCGUAUUAAGCACGACGACUCUGCCGAGCCCCAAGAGGACAAGAAGCAGGAAGCAAAGCCGAUUCCCUUCCCCGACAAGCCCGCCGUCAUCGAAGAGCGAAAUGGCGAAAUCGAGUUUCGCGUGGUCAACAACGAUGGCGACCGCGAUUCUCUCAUCAUCCUCACAGGCCUGAAAUGCAUUUUUCAGAAGCAACUGCCUAAGAUGCCCAAAGAUUACAUUGCGCGUCUGGUUUACGAUCGGACUCAUCUGUCGAUUGCCAUUGUCAAGAAGCCUCUCGAGGUCAUCGGCGGAAUCACCUACCGCCCCUUCAAGGGCCGCCACUUUGCUGAGAUUGUGUUCUGCGCUAUCAGCUCUGACCAGCAGGUCAAGGGAUAUGGCGCCCACAUGAUGUCCCACCUGAAGGACUACGUCAAGGCGAGCAGCGACGUGAUGCAUUUCCUGACAUACGCCGACAACUACGCCAUCGGCUACUUCAAGAAGCAGGGUUUCACCAAGGAGAUCACGCUCGACAAGAAGAUUUGGAUGGGCUACAUCAAGGAUUACGAGGGCGGCACUAUAAUGCAGUGUUCGAUGCUUCCCCGAAUUCGGUAUCUCGAGAUGGGUCGUAUGCUUCUUAAGCAGAAGGAGUGCGUCCUGGCCAAGAUUCGUGCCUACUCCAAGUCUCACAACGUCCAUCCGCCUCCUAAGGAGUGGAAGAACGGCAUCAAAGAGAUCAACCCGCUCGACAUUCCUGCGAUCCGCGAGUCCGGCUGGUCCCCCGACAUGGACGAGCUCGCGCGCCAGCCGCGCCACGGUCCCAACUACAACCAGCUCCUGCACCUGCUGAACGACCUGCAGAACCACAACUCGGCGUGGCCAUUCCUCGUGCCCGUCAACCGCGACGACGUUGCCGACUACUACGACGUCAUCAAGGAACCCAUGGAUCUUAGCACCAUGGAGACCAAGCUCGAGGCGGAUCAGUACGCCACGCCCGAAGACUUCAUCCGGGACGCCCGCCUCAUCUUUGAGAACUGCCGCAAGUACAACAACGAGAACACGCCGUACGCCAAGUCUGCCAACAAACUCGAGAAGUACAUGUGGCAGCAGAUCAAGGCCGUCCCCGAGUGGUCGCACCUCGAGCCGGAGAAGUAG